AUGAAGAUCUACGUUCAAACACAAUUUGGAACGGCAAGAUCUUACUCAUUUGAUGUUAACUCCACUGCCACUGUUAAAGACCUCAAGCAAUUGGUUCGCCAAAACACCGGUGAUAAUGAAGAUACAUUCAAGGACAUGUACUUUACAUUCGAUAUAGACACACUGGACGAAGAUGCGCAAACAUUACAAUCCUUCGGUGUAGAAACAGAUUCAGUACUAUUUUUGUGCUAUUCCAAUGUACGAAAUCGUAAUAUAGGUGUUCUUGGUGCACGAUUUGCUGACGUUAGCAACGCAGCAAGUAUACAGCGUCAUGGAUGGUCUAAAACAGCUCCACCUUGGCGAAGAACUAGGUGCGGUUUAUGCCUUGAAGGUAUAUGCAUGAAUGAACAAUGCAAAGCUUUCAAUCAACAAGUUAUCAUGCCAGUGGGUUACAGAAAAUUCGAUGUCCUAUGUGAUCUCGAUGAUAUUACAACAGUAUGUCCUAUAUGCAAGAGUUUUGUUCAACCGAUAGCCUGUGGUUUCAAUAAUUGCUGGUGGAGAUUCCAAGGGAUAAAAAAAGCUGAAAGUGGUACAAGAGCAGCACCAAAAAAAUGUUUUAGUGAGUGGAAGCAAGCUGAUAAUGCAUAUCAUUGUUUUGAACAAUCAGUGAGUGGAACAGUGACUUGGAAUCAACUCAUAAUUGAAGCUACCAAAAAUAAACCCCAGUCAUAA